GAGGCUGCGGCUCGGCCACUGGCUGGAGGGCGGUAGCCUCUGAAGCCAGAGCCAUCAAACCUGGGUCUCCCGGCGCUGAGCGGCGCCAAAAGCUGAGCCCGGCCGGGGAACUAGUCGCCCAGGGCUGUUUGCUCGUUUGCGGAAAGCGUUUCUCUGGACUCCGUUUAGGACGUAGUGGGGGUGGUGUGGCCGGCGUUGGGAGGUAUUCGAAAGAGAGCUUUCACCUGUGUUCCGAGGCAGCAAGCGGGCGCGGAGGGAGCGGCGGCAGGCUCUCGCUCUAGGCACCAUGGGCUGUACGCUGAGCGCCGAGGACAAGGCGGCGGUGGAGCGGAGUAAGAUGAUCGACCGGAACCUCCGCGAGGAUGGCGAGAAGGCGGCGCGCGAGGUCAAGCUGCUGCUGCUCGGUGCUGGUGAAUCAGGGAAAAGUACAAUAGUGAAGCAGAUGAAAAUUAUCCAUGAAGCUGGCUACUCAGAGGAGGAAUGUAAGCAGUACAGAGCAGUGGUCUACAGUAACACCAUCCAGUCCAUCAUUGCUAUCAUUAGGGCCAUGGGGCGGUUGAAGAUAGACUUUGGUGACUCGGCUCGGGCGGAUGACGCCCGCCAACUCUUUGUGCUUGCUGGAGCUGCUGAAGAAGGCUUUAUGACUGUAGAACUUGCUGGAGUUAUAAAGAGAUUGUGGAAAGAUAGCGGUGUACAAGCCUGUUUCAACAGAUCCCGAGAGUACCAGCUUAAUGAUUCUGCAGCAUACUAUUUGAAUGAUUUGGACAGAAUAGCACAACCAAAUUAUAUCCCAACUCAGCAAGAUGUUCUCAGAACCAGAGUGAAAACUACAGGGAUUGUUGAAACCCAUUUUACUUUCAAAGAUCUUCAUUUUAAAAUGUUUGAUGUGGGAGGUCAGAGGUCUGAGCGGAAGAAGUGGAUCCACUGCUUCGAGGGAGUGACAGCCAUUAUCUUCUGUGUGGCCCUGAGUGACUAUGACCUGGUUCUAGCUGAAGAUGAAGAAAUGAAUCGAAUGCAUGAAAGCAUGAAAUUAUUCGACAGCAUAUGUAACAACAAGUGGUUUACAGAUACAUCCAUUAUACUGUUUCUAAACAAGAAGGAUCUCUUUGAAGAAAAAAUCAAAAAGAGCCCCCUCACUAUAUGCUAUCCAGAAUACGCAGGAUCAAAUACAUAUGAAGAAGCAGCUGCAUAUAUUCAAUGUCAGUUUGAAGACCUCAAUAAAAGAAAGGACACAAAGGAAAUAUACACCCACUUCACAUGUGCCACAGAUACUAAGAACGUGCAGUUUGUUUUUGAUGCUGUAACAGAUGUCAUCAUAAAAAAUAAUCUAAAAGAUUGUGGUCUCUUCUAAGUUUUGCAGUUAAUAGUAAAAUGCAUUUUCAAACCAAAUGAGUACUUAUGUAUGGAUCUCUCUAGACUAGAGUCUUGCAGCAACACAGAAUGUAGUUAUACAGCAGAUGCAUCUGGGAUCUGACCAAAGUGGUUCUGUUUUGUUUCUUUACCUGAAAGUAACAGAAGGACCUUUCUUAAUUGUGAAAUAUGGUCCUGAAUGUGAAAAUGAAGGACAGUGUUAACGCUGGGCUCUAGUAUAUUGAUUUCUGUGUAAGUGUAAAUAUGCAAAUGUAUGUAUAAUGUAUUUAUAACUUUUAUUUCCCACAUUACUUUUAGGUUUAAGAGUGGCAACUUAUAAUUCUAGUGUGAUGGCUUUGGAAAUAACAUAAAUAUUAAGUACCUUGUACUGAAUGACAGACUUUUACUGUAUUUGCCAGUUUUAAAAAGCUUUAUUUAUGUUCAUGUCCUAUAAUUUUUAGAUACAAUAAUUGAUAUUAGAAAAUGUCACAGCCCCUUAUCUUGAUUAUAUGUAUACUUGGAUUCAUAAAAAUGUUAUUUGUA